GGCAGUAGGACCCAGAUGUGCUCAUACUGCAGAAGAGCUUCCACCAUCAGAAAAAAUGAAAAUGUCCUUCCACACCCUAAAGGCUGGGAGGAGAGACGUUCAACUGCAUUCUUCUUUCCUAGUAAACCAGCGAAUGGAUUGGCUCUGAACAGGUAUACUGGAGGGGGUGUGAACAUCAACAAAACUCAAGCGCUCCGACAGAAGAAGGUCCCUGGCUUGGACAGGGACACCAUGACGUCCCAGAAGGAACCUCAGGAGGGACUAUCAGCCCCGGCCAAGGUGACAGGACCCAGCUCCUGGUCCCGGGUCAGCUGCCCCUGCUGUAUCUCCAACCACAUAGAGCCACUGGUUCUGAUUCAGCUGGCUGAGAACAUCCAGCCCAUCACCAAACAGUGGAUCAUGUCUGUGAUAUCUGCACCUGUGAAGGCUGGAGGGGCUCAACUGUUAGUUCACCCCGGUGAGGACAUGAAAGGGGACAUGAUAGUUGUGGCGGCCCCUCGCUGUACCCUUCUCAGAGUGACUGAGGACCUGGGCCUCUGCAAAACCUACCAGGAUGGAAACAUGACGGCCUUCUCCUUUGAGGACCGUGACAACUUUUGCAACAUUGACAACAUGCAGCAGUUCCUGACGCUGGCCGAGAGGCAGUACAUCAUCAAACAUGAACUGGAUUCCAUGAGAGCCAUAGAGGACCAGCGUAUCCCAGGAAUCCCAGCACCCAAAGGGAAGCUGAAAGCCAGAGCGAGCAUCUUACAGAAGCUGGAGAAAGCAGGCGUGAUCCGUAACAUCACCCCUCUUCAUGAGCAGAAGCUGCUGUCGGCUCUGGGGAAGCAGUGGUACUCUCACAAGAGUCUGUGGGGGCAGCCUUUAGAUUCCAUCCACGCUUAUUUUGGUGGCACUAUAGCCUAUUAUUUCAGCUUCCUGGACUUCUACACUUUGUCAUUGUUUCCUCCAGCCAUCCUAGGCCUCUUCAUCACGUUUUUCCUCCCCAGCGCAAACUUCUCCAGUGGAAAUAAAACUGAGAGCGCACCGGCACCGCCGAAGGACCACGAUGGCCAGCCUUCAGUCAGCUCCUACAUGGUGCAGGCAGUCUUCAGCAUGCUGUGGUCCACGGUAUUCAUGGAGCUGUGGAAGAGGAGGAGCGCGGCUUUAUCCUAUCGCUGGGGCACUUUCAAUUUAGCUGAACAAUUUCAAGAGCCCCGACCAGGUUUCCAUGGAGAACUCAGCACCAAUCCGGUCACGGGCAGACUGGAGCCGCUGUUUCCCGAAUGGAAGAGGAGGCUUAGGAUAGGUCUGGUGUCAUUGCCUGUGGUCGGGGUGUUUUUGGGUCUGGUGGUCAUGGGAAUGGCAGGUUUCUACUUCUUUGAGCGCCUGAUCUCAAACUGGCACAAAGCAUCUGGAUCGUACUUCACAGCAGCCUUGCAAUAUCUCCCUUCUAUAGCCCAUAUUGUCUACACUAAUGUGCUGGGGAAUAUAUAUCGCAACGUGGCCUUGCAGCUGACAGAAGCGGAAAAUCAUAGGGAGGAAUCAUCUUUUGACUAUCAUCAUACCACCAAAGUCCUUGUGUUCACCUUUUUCAAUAACUUUGCUGUGCUGUUCCACAUUGCCUUCUUCAAGGAGGACAUGCCUCUUCUGCGCAAGAGGCUUUCCUCUCUUCUGAUCGUGACUCAAGUAGUGAAUCAGUUCACUGAGGUGGUGGUUCCUUUCCUGGUGGACCGUUUCAUCACAUCUGCAGACAGGAACCUGAAGGAAGAUGAUCCAGAGGUGGACCAUCUCCAGGCUCAGGGCAGUCUGCCAGCUUUCCCAGGCCUGUUUGCUGAGUACAUCGAGUUGCUGGUUCAGUUUGGCUACCUGAGCCUUUUCUCUUGUGUUUAUCCUCUUACUGCCCCUCUGUUACUGCUCAACAACCUCACAGAGAUCCGCACAGAUGCCUACAAGCUCUGCAAGCUCUUCAACAAGCCCUUUUCCGCCCCUGUGGCCAACAUGGGUGUAUGGCAGACGGCGUUUGAGGUGCUGAGUUUCAUCUCGGUCAUGUCUAACUGUUGGCUGCUGCUACUGUCGCCACAUGUAAAGGAACUCACAGAGGACGCCGGUUUCAGCAGCAGCAAAGUUCUCGUCAUUGCUGUCAUUGUGGAGCAUGCCCUGAUCAUGGUGAAAAUGAUUUUGGCCUUCAUGAUCCCUGAUGAACCGGAUUGGGUCAGAAUCAAGAGAGAACAAAUCGAGUAUCACUCCAUGCAAGCGCUUAAAAAACAGAGGAUCAUGCGCUGUCGUGUGGAGGAUAAAGUCCCUUUGAAGGCCUAAAUGGAAGAGUAACCAAAGACUAUUUCCAUAGAGACAAUCACAAGACGGGCGGUGCUUGGCUGUAAAGUCAUAUUUAGCUUGCUAAUAUACCAUAUGGCACAGUGUACCAAAGAUAGCUUUUAUAGUUUACAGGGUGUUUCAGCCCAAGUUAAUAAUUGUUUGCGUCAGUGGUACCCUUUUGAAAACUAUUGAAAGAGAUUAUUAAGGUCAAGGACGAUAAAAUUAUGAUAGUGGGUAAACAUGGAGACGUAUUGUGCUGUAUUAAUUAUUUUAAAACAAAAGUUCACCAUAAUCACUAUGGAAUAGCUCAUUUAAUUUUUUUCUUGCUGUUGUUUUGUUUGUAUAUUUGUUUUUACUUGAUUUGUUUUGUUAAUAUAUUGUGAUGAUUUUAACUUUUUGUCCUCAGUUGUAUUUUUACAUUUCAUCAAAAGUGAUCGUAUUAUUACAGCUGAUUUUGCUGGUAUGAAUAACCACCCAACGCUUGCUUCACUGAAUAUGUUAUGUAAAUGUUAAGUGAUGUAAGUGGCCUUGAAGAAACUGAUAAUAAAUAUUCAAAUGACUUUAAACUGAGAAAACCACAUCAUAAAAUAAAUAGCCAUACAUGAAGAUCACUGUGGUCUAGUGCUCUAAUUCUAAUAUAAAAAAAUAAAUAAGACAACACAAGUGUCAGUUUAAUCAAUUUUAAUAAAUAAAUAUAAAAAUAAAUUAAUCUCAUUGAGACACAGUCAUAGUUUUAUUAAGGGUCAAUGGGACUAUAGACAAACCCAAAUCCGACUUUUGCUGUAAAGUGAUUACAGAUGCUUUGAAGGAUGGAGACCCAUGUCAAAUGAGAAACAUCAAAACAAGAAAAUAAAAUGCUGAUUAUGAAAAUAUAGUGCAUGUCUGGUUUUAUGUAUAUAUCACUCUGCCCUCUGAUUGGUCCAGAAGGUUGUACUUCAUCCUAGGCCAGGAUGGCUGUUCCUUGAUUAAACAUAGAAUGGGAAUGAAAAUAAAAAUCUCAGAAGUUA